UGGAGACUCGAUCCAGUUUCAGCUUGAUAAUCAUUUUGUGCUCUUUAGUCGUUGCUCGUGCGUCAAGCAGUUACACAUUUCGCUCGACGUUACGCAAUCAUCUCUACAUCAUUGAGUUGGAUAUUUUUUAUUUUUGUGCGCCAAUCGUUGUUGUGUGAGUGUCGAGAUAAGCUGACAUUAGUUUUUUUAGUGUUGUGGAAAAACACAGUCUGUUUUGUUUCAAGUUUUUUAAUUCUUAGUUUUUGUUUCAUUAGAAAAUAAUGGUGAACAAAAAUUCUAAAAUAACGAUAAUUUAAAUCUGAUAAGAGAUACACAGAUAAACUUUAAUUUUUACACGCAUGAACUUAUUAUGGACGCACUUAUAGUGGUAGGUGAAAAAAAAUAAGCAAAAAACAAAUUAAUUACGUAUUUCAAAAAAAUUGCUUACUCGAGUAAUGAGAAUCAUAUUUUGCCUUGGUAAUUAAAGAAAAAUGUUAUCCGUACGUUAUGCUGUAAUAAAUCAUCCUGGUAUGUAAUUAUAGUGUUUAUAGCUUGCAAGACCAGUAGCUCAAGAUAAUUAUAAGAGAAAAAAAACUCGCAUGUCACAUGUCCAACCUACUUAAACGUACCUUUGGUUUGAUUUUCGCAAUCUUGAAAAAUUUACGUCGUCGAGUAUAGUAGUUGAUCUGCGAGCCAAUGAACUGUGAAGUCUAAUGGGCACUACAAUUGAUAAUAAGUAAUGCAAACAAAGUUAUUCCCACAGCUGAAUUAAUUGAAAACCAUCGAAGCAGCUCCAAGUCCACCUACGAGUGACUUUGAAAUAAAAAAAAAAAACAAAAAAAAACAAAUGGAUCGUUGGAUAGGCAAAACCGCAGUGGUAACUGGCGCUGCGUCGGGAAUCGGUGCAUCGAUCGGCAGAAGCCUCCUCCUCGCCGGCGUCAACGUCGUUGGACUUGACGUGCAGAUCGAGCGUUUGCAGCGUCAAGCCGUGGAGCACCAGAAACUACGCAUAGGCGACUCCAAGCUGGGCAACAUGUACGCCGUCAAGUGUGAUGUUUCACGCGAGCAGGACAUUUCCAAGGCCUUUGACUGGAUUGAGCUCAAUGUUGGCUGUCCACAUAUUCUCGUGAAUAACGCCGGAGUCACUGACUACACGCCCCUUGUUGAGAGCGACAGAGCAUCUUUCGAGAGGUUGAUAAACAUCAAUGUGCUCGGGGUGGCAAACUGCACCUCCAAGGCGGUACAAUCGAUGCGAAAUCACAAAGUUGAAGGACACAUCUUCAACAUCAACAGCAUAUUAGGCCACGAAGUGCCCGAGGGAGUGUUUUCAGAGCAAGCUGGAGCUAACGGCUGGAGUCUCUACCCGGCCAGCAAACACGCGACCGUUGCAAUGACCCACACCGUUCGCCGGGAAAUCAGUCGUCUGUCCCUCCCCAUAAGAAUCACCAGCAUCAGUCCAGGUAUCGUGAGAACCGAAAUAACAAAGUGCAACGAGGCACUCAGCGAUUUGUUUGACAAAGUUCGGGCCCUCGAACCGUCAGACAUUGCCGAUGCCCUUCUGUACGCUUUGGGUACUCCACCGAAAGUUCAGAUCACGGAAAUGACUGUCAGAUCCACGGGAGAGCUAUGAAUUUUUUUUUUUUUUUUGGUCAGAAGAUUAAAGAUGAAUCAAGAUUCAAACCAUAAUGUUGCAAAAGACGUUACCUUCUCAUUACAAAUAAAGUUUUUUUUUUUAAUACUUGUAUAAAAAACGGUUACAAUAGAUAAAAUAGUACACGCGAAUAAAGCGUCUGUGUACAUUUCAUUAUCGAGAGCCAAGCGCUCAUAUUCUUCCACUCGGCAUCGGACAUUCUCUUUCUCUGUAACGCCCGUAUCGACAUUUUAAUGUCGGAUUAUUAUCAGAAUUUGUGACAUGGCAGCGAAUAAAAUGGAUGUUCGAUAAUUGACUGGUACAAGCGAUACAACUAA